CUUUGGUGCUACAAUCGCGAAGAACCCUCUCUAGAAAAGUUUAUCGCUCAAUCGUUGAUAAGGACUCUUUCAUCACCUAACUACAAGGGCUGCGGUCCAAGACUGAUGAAAGUUGCAUUAAACUCUAAGGGUAUGACGCAAGUUCUAUUGGAUAACUUGUCGAGAUCUCCUACCAGGUUGCCAACCAAGAUUCGGCUAAAUUCAGUGGACACAUGGCCGCGAGUGGUCAGCAAUUCGAUGGAACUUGCAAUCGCGGUAAAUUCCUUGUCUCCACAGUCCUGCGGAGAGAUGGACAUAGCAGCGCCCACGGCACACAACGGGACAGAGAGAAGCACGAUUGAAGCUUCUGAACUAGAACACUCUGCUUGGCCAUGUAUCUUGACAGCAAUUCAUAAACCGAUAACCGGCCGAAAAAUACGAUUAAACGCUGAGUAUCUAACAAUCGGCUUAAAAACAAACGCAAAUUUGACAUCCAUCAAUGCACUCCUAACAACAAAAACGGUAUCCUGUGCACAAACGCCUAAGGCCUUCUAAAUAAGUUGGCCGAACUUAG